AUGUCUGACACUAUGGGUUCCGUCUCUUCUCCUGCAAAUUCUCUCCGGGGUUCACCUCUCCACGGUAACCAGUUCCCCGAGCCUCAGGCUGAGCCCGAGGAGUUUGAUGCUCCUUCUACUCCUAUUCCGACUUCUACUUCGCUUUCCCUCCCUACUCGGACCGUUGCGAUCAUCAAGCCGCAUGCCCUGAAUAACCGCUUCGAUAUUGAACAGCGCAUCACGGAGGCAGGAUUUGAGAUCGUAAAGGAACGGCAGAUGGAAUUCGAUAUCGACACUGACCCUGAGACAAUGUAUGAACUCUUCGGAGAAGACUACGAGUGUUUUGCCGAGGGCCCCGUGUGGGUUUACGUCCUCGAGAGAAGGCGUGCAGUUGAAGUUUGGGCGACUCUAAUGGGCCAUCCGGAUCCGGCAGUUGCGCGCUCGCAGGCACCGCACUCGCUCCGCGCGCUGUACGGAAUAUCCGCGCACCAAAAUGCAGUUAUGGGAUCCCCUGACGUGCAGAUCGCAGAUUUUCAGAUAUCGGCAAUCUUCGCGUCCUCUCCUCCGUUCCCCACAACCGAAUUGCCAGAUGUCGGUCUCAAUGGACAUGGCUAUACGACUGGCUCAAUGCGGUCGGUCUCGUCUUCUGUACUUUCAGCCUUGCGCAAAAGCACAUCAAGCGUGGACAACCACAGCUCCACUCCAUCCAAUGGGAAAUCACCCUUCAAAGCACGUCCUCUCCCUUCUACGCAUGUGGCGCCCGAUAUUGUACCUCGGAUGUCACGGGCGGCGGCAUUGCGCGCAGGUCUCCCAGUGGAGAAGCCGCAACGCGUACCUCCCAGUAAAGAGCGGCUCGCGAAGACGUUUGAGAACGUACCAGGUCAUAAACGUUCCGAGACGAUUACGGUAGCUAGCACUGCACCACCGGUUGUUGCCCCCCGCAUGACGCGCGCGGCGUCGCUCCGACUAGGACUGAAGCCCGCCGAAAAGCCCAGGAAGAGUAUAAUACCUUCGGCUGAUGCGAAGAGGGACGAAAACAAGGCAACCUUCGACGGCGUGCCUGGGCAUAAACGGCGUGAGACCAUUUCGGUGGCUAGUACAAGACCACCGUCGGUAGUUCCAAGGUCAAAUAGAAGCGCGAGUUUGCGUCAGAUUAAGGAUGCUGCACCUCCUUCGUCGUUCAUGUUCCGCACUCCCUCCAACCAGCCUUCCUCGCGAUCCUCCUCUCGUAACUCUUAUAACCAGCCCACCUCGUCGCGUGUCUCUCUGUCUCGCCCCGCAUCUGCUGCCGCCGUACAGACACCUGCCUCACGCCCUAUCCCCUCGCGAGUUACAUCUGGGUCUACGAUGAGUAGCGGCCCCUCCCGUCCAUCUACUUCAGCUGGGAUUGUCCCGUCUGCUACCAACGGUGUUUCCACGCCCUCCAAGUCCAAGCCCCGGCCUAGCGCCCCGCCGCCUGCUAUCACGCCUAGGACCAACAAGAGCGCAUUAUUGCGGGCGGCGAAGAUGGCGAAUGCGGCUACGCCUGCUGUUUCAACCACCAAGGCCAAGAAAUUGCCUGCGCAGAGGACCGUCAAAGUCUAG